UCCAAAGUCUAUCUACUUAAGGCCUACUCCUAUAGCUAUCACUAUUUCUUUGCCUAAAAUGCAGAGGUACAACCGUUUUUAACUACUUUUGGUACAAUUUGGAGUUUUUUACAGCAAAAUGUUUUGAUCUGGUCAAGAAGUCAAAAUCCCACGCCACAAAUCUCUCUCUCUCUCUCUCUCUCUCUCUCUCUCUCUCUCUCUCUCUCUCUCUCUCUCUUCCAAAACCCCCCCCAAAGAAGAGAAACUAAAUAUUCAUUGACACCCAUCUCCUCCUCUAAUUUCAGAGCGUAAUGCUCUUUGUCAAAACCCAGAUACCAUGACAACAAACGCCCCAAAUGGGGUAGUUCUUCCUUUCAAUCUAUCGACUUUCAACGUCCAAUACAGCUGCGAAUACUUUGCCUCCGCCGUGAAUUCCGGGGGCUAUUUCCGAAAUGACAAUCCCAUACGCCACCCCGUUCCGUUCUUCCUCAGUCAGCUCGGGGUCGCCACUAUUCUCUGCGCGAUCCUCCGUCUCCUCCUCAGGCCGCUCAAACAACCCAGAUUUGUUGCUGAGAUGUUGGCUGGCAUAAUGUUAGGCCCUUCAAUGUUUCAUCUGUUUGGUAAAGGAGAAUAUAUUGAAAGCUUGAAGACAAUCAAGGAGAGCAACAUGAUGAAUGUCCUUGAAGCCUUGGGCCUCAUGACAUUCUCGUUCGUAGUGGGCGUUCGGACGGACAUAAGCAUGCUUAAAUCCGCUGGAAAAUUGCCAUGGAUUAUCGGUAUUCUCUCUUUCCUACUUCCCAUGUCCCUAGUUUUUCCCGCUGCUGCGCUCUUCAAGAAAUACGUUGAUGAAAUGGACGGAUUCAACCUCUAUUGGGUCGGCGUAAUGGCGGCCAAGACAUCGUUUCAGGUCACCUCUUUCCUCCUUGAAGACUUAAGUCUCCUGAAUUCGGAACUUGGCCGCUUGGCCUUGUCAUCUGCAUUGAUCAGCAGUGUAGGCAGCUGGAUUUUUGCCACAUACAAUGCUUACUACGCUUGGUCUAAGAUUUUGAACCUUCGAACCAUGGACUACUUUAAGACAGAAAUAUCCAGAGCGAUUUCCAUGAUUGGGAUAAUAUUCGUCCUACGCCCUUUCAUGUUUUGGUUGAUGAGGAAGAUCCCAGAAGGAAGACCCAUAAAGGAAUCUCAUUUUUUCGUGAUCACUGUGAUCUUUCUUAUAGUUUCUUUUGCAUAUGAGUGUUUGGGAUUUAGCGCUCCUUUAGGGGCGAUGAUUCUGGGCUUGUGUGUGCCACCCGGUCGGCCUCUAGGAUCUGGAGUGGUGGAAAAGCUGGAAGCUUUCAUUUCAGCAGUGCUUUUGCCGACUUAUAUUGUUGGUGCCGGUCGCUAUGUCGAUAUUUUCCAAAUAAGCAUGGUGCAUUAUAUCCAAGCGGAGAUCCUCAUCCUCCUUUGCUUCUCUGGGAAACUUGCUGCAGGUGUGAUCCCUUCAGUAAUUUGCAGGAUGCCUUACAAGGAUUCCUUCUCUCUCGGCCUCCUCUUGAGUGCACAAGGGUUUUUUGAUGUUAUCUUCUUCAAACUCUUCCAUAGAUAUGGUGUGCUCUCUCAAGAGUUCUACUCAGUUCUCACACUGAUGGCGGUGUUGACCGGGGCUGUCACCACCCCUUUAAUUUACUACCUCUACAAUCCUUCCAAGAGAUAUUCAAACUACAAAAGAAGGACAAUCCAGCAAUCUAGACACGAGAACGAACUCCGGAUUCUCCUGUGUCUUCACGAAGAAGAUCAGGUUUGCAGCCUAAUGAAUGUCCUGAAAGCCUCUUAUUCCACGAGAGAAAAGCCCAUAGGAGCUUUUGUUUUGGACCUGAUCGAGCUCGUUGGACGAGACCACCCACUACUCAUCAACCACCAGUUCCACCAACGCCUCUCUACUACUCUCACUAGAACUGAUCGCAUCAUCAAUGCGUUCAAUCAGUAUGAAGUACACAGCGAAGGUACGAUAAAACACCAGCACUAUACCUCCAUCACGCCUUACGUGAGUAUGCACGACGAUAUAUGUACCCUGGCACUGGAGAAGAGCACUUCCAUAUUGAUCUUCCCAUUUCAAAAAUCUGACAACAGUCCGGUCCCCGGAGUGAUAAAAAAUGUGCUUGACAAGGCUCCCUGCUCAGUUGGAAUCCUUGUUGACAAGAAGAUAAUCACGCAUUGGAGAUCUGACUCCCACAAUCAAGCCCGGCUGAGUGUAUGUGUGGUUUUCCUUGGAGGACCCGACGCUCGUGAGGCACUGGCAUAUGGAAUGCGGAUGGUUGCGAAUCCAACCAUUAGGCUCACUGUCCUUCGACUAAUAGCAGAAGACGAAUUCGUCUCCAAUAUGUUGGAGACUAGGCACGAUAUAGAUCUGAUUCAGGAACUCAGAGCCGCUUACAAUGACCCUCAAAGGAUUGAGUAUAGGGAAGAGAUUGUGAGGGACGGGGUCGAGACGUCCAAAGUGAUUCUAUCUCUUGAUGAUCACUAUGACUUCAUGUUGGUGGGAAGAAGGAUUGACAGUGAUUCACCAUUGGUGAAAGGACUUGUUGAUUGGAGCCAUGCACAGGAGCUGGGAAUCAUUGGAGACAUGCUUGCUUCUUCGGAUAUGAAGUGCAGCGCAUCGGUUCUGGUCGUGCAACAACAGUUCACCGUCGAGGACUUGGCACAUGCGCAUGAAGAUUAGGUAAACGCGUUGAUUUUUAUAAUACGGAUACGAAGUAGUACGAAUGAAAGCGCUAGGUUUAGCAUGCUAUAACCAUUUCAAUGCAAAACGAUUCGUAUUGGAAAAGAUUGUCAUGUUUGUAUUCAUGUGUAGGACGGACACAGGAUUCUGAUCUUCAAGGAAAUGCGUCUAUAUGUAUGGGGAAAAUCGUAAUGAAUCGUACAACGGAGUUUUAUAUCGAUAUAUACGUACAUAGAAGGCUGGAACCAGAAGUUUCUGACUCUCCAA